AUGGCACUAUCUUUUGAGGUAACUAAGGACAGCGCACAGCAAUUUUCACAGAAAGCUUUCAAGGCUCAUGUAGUGGAAAAGAAAGCUAAAGCAAAAUACCACGAAGCUGAGAAAAAUGCAGCUGCCAGGAAACCCUGUUAUCGUUGCGGUGGAAAAAAUCACAACCCGAAUGACUGCAGGUUUAAAGACAGCGAGUGCCAUGAGUGUAAAAAAAAAGGACACAUAGCCAGAGCCUGUCGCACACGCAAAGAAGGAGGCCGUUCGAGCACGACCAGGGGAACCAUGCAUCUGGAUAUGGAGAGGAGGGGAUCCAGCGCUCUCAAGCAGCAACCCUGUCAGGAUGCCAGCGCUCUCCAGCAGCAGGAUGUCAGCAGCUGGCCCGGUCCACAGCAAGGUGCACCUCAGCAUGCAGAGCCAGGCAAUAGGCACGAGUUUAAGGGGGAUCCAUGCGACACCCAAUUUCUGUCACAGCAAGUCAGAGAAGAUGGAGCAACCAGUGAGGAGGUGGUUCAGUGCGGGAUGGAAGCUGCCCUGAACUUUGACACUUUUCCAGAUCUGACAUUAGACAGUCCUGAUUUUGGUCUGUUUGAAAUGAACACAGACUACAAGGUCACCAUAAAUCCAUGGUUAAACGUGGAUCAGUAUCCACUCCCAAAAACACAAGAUCUGUUUGCAAAAUUAGCAGGAGGUCAGAAAUUUACCAAACUAGACUUAUCCCAGGCUUACCAGCAAGUCCAGUUAGAGGAAAGCUCUAGGUGUUACCUGACCAUAAACACUCACAAAGGGCUGUAUCAAUACAACCGGUUACCUUAUGGUGUUGCAAGUGCUCCUGCAAUUUUCCAGAAAAUAAUGGAUCAAGUACUUCAGGGUAUGGAUGGAGUAAUCUGCUAUCUGGAUGAUAUUUUGAUAACUGGUAAAGAUGCAGAAACCCACCUGUCUAACUUAAAAGAAGUCUUUAAGAGGCUCGAAAGCUACAAUCUCAGGGUAAAGCGAGAAAAAUGUGAGUUCCUGCAAGACAGUGUUUCAUAUUUAGGACAUGUCAUUGAUUCCACCGGCAUUCAUCCUAUGAAAGAAAAGACAACUGCCAUUCAGAGGGCUCCAGUUCCCAGUAAUGUAACUGAACUUAGGUCAUUCUUGGCUCUGUUAAACUACUACGGGAAGUUUAUACCAAACUUAUCGACUCUGAUCCAGCCAAUGACAGCGUUGCUGCACAAAGAUGCAGAGUGGAUUUGGUCAGAAAGUUGUCAAAAUGCCUUUGAGAAUGCAAAGAAGGCUCUUCAAUCUGACAAAAUCUUGGUACAUUUUGAUGCCGAGUUACCAAUUAUCUUAGCAUGCGAUGCGUCUCCUUAUGGAGUUGGUGCUGUAAUCAGUCACCAAAUGAAAAAUGGAAGCGAAAGACCGAUUGCAUUUGCAUCAAGAACUUUAACUAAGACCGAACAAAAUUACUCUCAGAUUGAAAAAGAAGCACUUGGUUUAGUGUUUGGUGUUAUGAAGUUUCAUGACUACCUUUAUGGAAGGAAAUUCAUUUUGGUGACGGACCACGAACCAUUGUUAAAAAUCUUGGGACCAAAAACAGGUGUACCUACUCUAGCUGCUGCUAGAUUGCAAAGGUGGGCUCUAAUUCUAGCUGCAUACAAGUAUGAGAUUCAGUACAAAAGAUCUGAGCAACACAGUAAUGCAGAUGCUUUAUCCAGGCUACCGAUGAAACCAAGAGUGGAUGUGGCGUCAAACCCUAUUUACAGAGUAUCUUACCUUGAUGAGUUACCUAUCACGGCAAGGGAGAUAGCAAAAGAAACAGAAAAAGAUUCCGUACUAAAGGUGGUAAAACAGUUGGUGUUAACUGGCUGGCCUAAACAUGUACAGGAUGAGUGGCUGAAGCCGUAUUUUCAGAGACGUUUUGAGCUUACUGUUGAAGACGGUUGUCUGCUGUGGGGGUUACGAGUGGUUGUUCCUAAGAAAUUAAGGGACCAGUUGAUUUCUGAACUGCAUGAACACCACUGGGGAAUAGUGAAGAUGAAAUCCCUUGCCAGAAGUUUAUUCUGGUGGCCAGCAGUAGAUGAGUGCAUUGAACAGGAAGUCAGUGAGUGUACUAUUUGUCAAAAGCAGCGUAGUAUGCCUUGUACUGCGCCAGUGCAUAAAUGGAAAUGGGCUGCCAGCCCCUGGGAGAGAAUCCAUCUUGACUUUGCAGAGGACCACAAGCAGAUGUUUCUGGUAGUUAUGGAUGCUUAUGCUAGAUGGCCAGAGAUUAUUCCUAUGCAUACUACUACUUCUGUUAAAACAAUUGAAGCAUUGAGAAAUUUGUUUGCUGCUUACGGGUUACCGAAAGAAGUUGUAAUAGAUAACGGUCCUCAGUUUGUUUCGCAAGAGUUGGAGUACUUCCUAAAGAAAAAUGGAGUGCAGCACAUUAAGUCACCUGCGUACCACCCUGCCAGCAACGGAUUAGCAGAGCGCUUAGUUCAAAACCUUAAGAAAUCGCUAGCAAAGAAUCGCGCCAUAGGUGGUAUGUCGCUUGAGCACUGUGUGGCAAAUUUUCUUUUAGGGUACCGAAACACGCCCCAUACCACUACAGGAAAAACUCCUGCGGAGUUAUUUCUAAAAAGACAGGUUCGAACGAGAUUGUCACUGAUCAGACCCCAGUUCUCUCAGAGAAUGCAAAACAAAACAGAACCACCUCUUCCACGUGUUAGAGUUUUCACAAGGCACAUAAAGACUGUUACCAGGUCAGCCUUUUAUUACCUGAAGAACAUCUCCAGGAUUAAAGGAUUCAUCUCCAAGCAGGAUCUAGAAAAACUCAUUCAUGCAUUUAUCUUUAAUCAAAUUGAUUACUACAACAGUGUCUUCAUAGGUUUGCCUAAAAAGUCCAUGAGGCAGCUGCAGCAGAUCCAAAACGCUGAUGCCCAUGGUCUCACUACAACUAAGAAAGUAGAGCACAUCAGCCCAGUUCUGAAGUCCUUACAUUGGCUCCCGUAG